GGAAGAAGAAGAACACGCGUGUUUAUCUUUCACAUGUUCUGCCUGUUAUGUGGAAAUAUAUCUUGUCUGCCUACACCUAAAGUAUUAGACUAUGAUGUGGACGGUGGAGAAGACAUAUUUGACAUCAAUGAAGCUGCAGGCCUUGAUUUGGUGGAGGGAGAUAUUGUUCUUGAUGAGAGACAAGGCCGCAACUCCAUCAUAGGAGACGAGUACAGAUGGCCAAAGACCGUUCCUUACUACAUGGAGGACGACUUGGAGAUCAAUGCAAAAGGAGUGAUUCUGAAGGCCUUUGAGCAGUACCGAAUGAAAACCUGUAUCGACUUCAAACCAUGGGAGGGAGAGCAGAACUACAUUUCAAUCUUUAAAGGAGGCGGAUGUUUCUCUUCGGUGGGGAACAGGCGUGUGGGGAAGCAGAGGUUAUCCAUUGGGACGAAUUGCGACCGCAUCGCCACUAUAGAACACGAGUUCCUUCACGCUCUGGGAUUCUGGCAUGAGCAGUCACGUUCGGACCGCGACGACUACGUGACUAUCAUGUGGGAUCGCAUUUCUGAGGGCAAGGAGCACAACUUCAACACGUACAACGACACCACAUCCAGCUCUCUGGGCGUGCCUUACGACUACGGCUCCAUGAUGCACUACAGCAAGACUGCCUUCCGGAACGGCACAGAACCCACCAUCGUCACCAAGAUCCCGGCCUUUAGCGAGGUCAUCGGCCAGCGCAUGGAGUUCAGCGACAACGACCUGCUCAAGCUCCACCGCCUCUACAAUUGCACCUGCUCUUCCACCUUCCUGGACUCGUGUGAUUUUGAGAGGGAGAACAUCUGUGGGAUGAUCCAGGGAAAAGGGGAUCAGGCUGACUGGACCAGGGUGACCCAGGCUGCAGGCGGACCCGACACAGACUACUCCAACCUGGGCCGCUGCUCCGACGCAGGCUAUUUCAUGCACCUCAGCAUGGGUACAGCUAACCCAGGGGACCGGGCUCUGCUGGAGUCCAGACUGCUCUACCCCAAGAGAGGCUUCCAGUGUCUGCAGUUCUUCUUCUACAACAGCGGGGGCGGCAACCACCAGCUGAAGAUCUGGGUCCGGGAGUACGACCCAGCCAAUCCUGAUGGAGUCCUCCGUUUCAUCCAGGCCAUAGAUGGCCCCCCACAGGAGCUGUGGCAGGUUCACCACGUCAGUCUGAACGUGACCAAGAAGUUCCGCGUGGUCUUCGAGGGCACCAAGGUCGCCGGCGACCCCCCCCCGGGCGGCCUUUCCCUGGACGACGUCAACCUCUCGGAGACCACCUGCCCCGAGCACGUGUGGAGGGUGACCAACUUCACCAAGGUGAUGGAGACCACCCCUCACAACACGGCCAUCUACAGCCCCCCCUUCACCUCCAGGGAGGGCUACACCUUCCAGAUGGGCCUUUAUCCCAGUGGGAAAGAGGGCUACCGUGGCGAGCUCUCCGCUUACGCACACCUGGUGGCCCGGCCAGGGGACACGGGCCUGACGUGGCCGUGUCAAUGGAAACAGAUGACCAUGAUGCUGAUGGAUCAGAACCCCCACAUCCAGAAGCGCAUGUCCAACCAGCGGAGCGUCACCACCGACCCACUGCAGAAGACCCCAGAGGGCAUGUUUUUCUGGGAUGAUCCCCGGAAGGUGGGCACGGAGGUGAGGGAGGAGGAUGGCAGCGUGUACCACCGGGGGCCUGGGGCCGGGACCCCCGUCUACCUCACCCACGGCAGAGCCAAGAGCAGAGACUUCAUCAAGGGAGGAGAUGCCAUCUUCCUCCUCACCAUGGAGGAUGUGUCCAAUCUCGUAGACACCCAACCUCUGCCCUCUUCCACUGUGCCACCUGUUACCACGGAGAUGCCUCCUGUCAGCACGGUGACCACACGCCCAACCACGGUGGUUCCACCACCCACCAAUCCCUGCACCAAUGUUGAAUGUCAGAACGAGGGUAUCUGUGUGGUGUACGGCGGGAAGGCAGUUUGCAGGUGUGCAGUUGGUGGUGACUGGUGGUAUUGGGGGGACAGGUGUCAGUCCAGGGGCUCUCCCGGGGAUGCCAUGACCACGGCUCUGGCCGCCUCUCUGUCCGUGCUGGCUGUCAUGCUGGUCAUCACCGUGGUCAGUGUCGUUUGCGUGAAGAAAAAGUACCAGAAGCGCUCCUGUGACACGAGCUUGGCCAUGUCUAACGUUAACAGUGGUGCGGAAGGCGGGGUGACCGCUCUGUGACGCCUCUCCCCAAGGGGGAACGGAGAAGAAAUUGACAGAUGAAAUAAUGCUGAAGUGUUCAGUGUUUUGUGUCUUCACUAGCUGAAAUUUCAGAUUAAGAUGAAUAUUGCCCCCUUCUGGCAAUACAGUUAACAUGCAACUGUAUGACAUUUCUCUGUCUUAUGAUAAAGACUGAAUUAUAAAUACAUUUUUGUAAAAUGUACAGUAAAUUGAUCAUGAUUAAAACCAUUGCUGGGUGCUA